UGUGGGGGCGCCGCGGCGCUGCAGAGUGGGGGCAGAAUGAGAUUGCUGGGCGUUGGGGGCACGGCACGAGGAUACCGGGGACAAUAAGGGUGCCUGGCUGGAAGUCCUCGCUGCCCGUUGCACCCUUCUGCAAACCUCUGCCCCUCCCAGCGCCCACCUCCACCUCUGUGAGCCAGGUGGAUGCGCACAGCUGCUCCUGUUUGCUUUCCUUUCAUGGGUCCCUGCCUUUAUAUCCUCUGUGGCACUGGUGACUUGUUUGCCUGUUCUGUGUUUUGUUCUGUAACACUCAGCCCUUGUUACUGCUGAACCGCCCCCGGCGGAGCACUCCGGGCGAUAGCAGCAUUGCUGUUGAGCUCUGUGCAGCCCUCGUGCUGCUCGGCUCGCUGACACGUGGCAGUGCUCUCCCAUAGCCCAUGGCUCUGCCAUUCACGGCUGUGUGCCCUAAGCUGUCCCCAUGUCCCUGCAGCCACUCCGAAGUACCACUUCUUUUGCCCAGCACGUGCUGCAGCGUUUGAGUGCAUGGCACAAAUCCAGUGCAUUAUUUUUAGAGCAAUUUAAAUAUCCUCACAGCAGCUUUGUUGAACCAUUGUCUCUUUGACUGCGACUUUGCAUUAAUAAGGAAUGAUAAAGCCCCAUGAAACCUCUUAGGGUCUCCUUAACCAGUUGGUCCGUGGGUAUCUAAUCACCAUCUCGUCACAUUGCUCUGCAGCAUUUUCAGUCUCUUAAUUUCUGUUAUAAAUGAGCCACGGCCUUCUCACCAAGUGCUGGUUCUGGAGAAGUUCAGAUGGAGUAAAACACAGCUCACAGGAGUAUUUUUGGAACAAAAUUCCGCUGCUAAAUCAUGGCUUCUUUGUAGAAGGCUGUCUUUGUCCGUGUUGUCCAUGAAAGUAAAGACAUGAUCUGUGCAGGUGGAAGGGCAGGGAAGAGGCAUUUUGUUGCUUCUGUCUUAGGGACCCCUUUUGCAGAAGGACAGCUGGGACAAUUGGGGCACUCAGUCAUUAGCAGGGUAGGAAGGGCAUUUCAGCAAGCACUGGAAUGCUGCUAGCUGUGUGGUUACAAAUGAAGAAAGGUGUGUAAAGUGUUGCAAGGUGGGCUGUGUGAUUUGAGCAGUGGCUUGCCAUCAUUUCUCCCUUUGCUGUAUAUUUUCUGCACCUUCAGGAAGGGCUGCAGUGCAAAUGUCUGAACUGGGUGCAUGCUGCAGGCUUGGGGCGCUGAGUUCUGUGCUUUUAACCUCUGAGUCAGGAACAGGGAGAGGCUGAAAGAGAAGGUGUGACUCUUGCUACGAAUGCUGCUUUGGCCAGGUUGGUGUUGGAGCUCUGUUCAUAUGGGCAGUUUCUGGACACACACCUUUCCCAACUGCAGUGUUUGGAUGUGAUUUGCUGUCUGCUGCCAUUGGAGACAGCUGUAAGGAAAGCAAAGUGGCCACACAUGGUACCCCAUAGCAAGGGGCAAGGAGCAGGACUGUUGUGCUGUGGGACGCGUUGGGGUUUCACUCCUCAGCUUUGGGAAAGGGCUGGGAGCAGCAGCCAGCGCCUGGCCAGGGCACCUCUGUGUGGAACUGGUUAUUUUGCAGAAAUUUCAGCUCGUUCCAGGCCGGGGCAUGUCAUGGCAGAAAAUGUGAAGUUGUUAGAGCAUGGCUAACCUGUUUUUGUCUCUUUCGUUUUGUUCUCUUUUGCUUCAUCCUGGAUGUCUAAAAGGACAGUUGGAACCAAUAAAUGAGGGUCUGCUCGCUAGAAUCUCGGAUCUCUUGCUGUGCCGGUGGACUUGUAGAAAUUGUUGUCAGAAGUGUUUCGACUGUAGCUGUUGUCAAACAAAUGAAGAUGAAGUUGAAAUCCUGGGACCUUUUCCUGCUCAGACUCCAGCCUGGCUGAUAAGCAGCCAAAAUGAGGACAAAAAUGGAGACUCUGAUAAUACAAUCAGUGACCUGCCUCCCACUCAUCAGGAUGUUUCCCCUGACAGAAGGCGGUCGUCUUCAGAUACAUCACGGUCCACUUACAGCCUCACCAGGCGGAUUUCAAGUUUAGAGUCAAGGAGGCCAAGUUCUCCGUUAAUUGACAUUAAACCUAUUGAGUUUGGAAUAAUAGGAGCCAAGAAAGAAAUAGUUCAGCCAACUAUCCUGCGGAAAACCUAUAGUCCAGAUGACUAUUUUAGAAAAUUUGAACCAAGACUGUACUCUCUUGACUCAAAUAGUGAUGAUAUGGACUCCUUGACAGAUGAGGAAAUCUUAUCCAAGUACCAGCUGGGCAUGCUGCACUUCAGCACUCAGUACGACCUGCUGCACAAUUACCUGAUAGUGCGAGUCAUUGAGGCCAAGGAUCUGCCUCCCCCCAUUUCGUACGACGGCUCAAGGCAAGAUAUGGCUCACUCCAACCCCUACGUGAAGAUCUGCCUGCUUCCAGACCAGAAGAACUCCAAACAGACCGGAGUUAAGCGCAAAACUCAGAACCCAGUGUUUGAAGAGAGGUACACGUUUGAAAUCCCAUUUUUAGAAGCCCAGAGAAGAACUCUGCUCUUAACUGUAGUGGAUUUUGACAAAUUCUCGCGCCACUGUGUCAUUGGCAAAGUGUCAAUGCCCUUGAGUGAUGUAGACCUUGUGAAAGGCGGACACUGGUGGAAAUCCCUUGUUCCUAGUUCUCAGAAUGAAGUUGAGCUGGGGGAGCUGCUGUUGUCACUAAACUACCUGCCCAGCGCAGGAAGGCUGAAUGUGGACAUCAUUAGAGCAAAACAGCUUCUUCAGACAGACAUGAGCCAAGGUUCAGAUCCUUUUGUGAAAAUUCAGCUUGUUCAUGGAUUGAAGUUAACAAAAACCAAGAAAACCUCCUGCAUGCGGGGGACGAUAGAUCCCUUCUACAAUGAGUCCUUCAGCUUCAAGGUUCCCCAAGAAGAACUGGAAAAUGCCAGCUUGGUGUUCACAGUGUAUGGGCACAACGUGAAGAGCAGCAAUGACUUCAUCGGGCGGAUCGUCAUCGGUCAGUACUCCACAGGUGCUCCCGAGUCCAACCACUGGCGCCGGAUGCUCAAUGCACACCGGACGGCUGUGGAGCAGUGGCACAGCCUGCGCUCACGGGAGGAGUGCGACCGCGUCUCCCCGGCAUCCCUGGAGGUGACAUGAGGUGUGGCACCUGUGGCGGCCAAACCAAACAGGCGGGCAAGGCAGGGAAAAAACUCCAACCUCCAAAUCACCCAACCUCACUCCCACCCCACGGCAGCGCCAUUGGACCGAAGCAGCUGCCGGUACCCACCUGGCUGCGUUGGCCUUUGUGCAAACCUCUGCAGCGCCAACCGUGUCCCGCCGCGUCCUGUGCCAGCGGCUCCUCGGUGGCACCGGCCGCCUGACUGGCCGGACCCAUUGCUCCCUGCGCCCGGCACCGCUCUGCUGUUUCAGUGACAGAGCAGCAGGUGGCAGGUGGAGGUGCCACAGGACAUGCCAAGAUGGGGAAGAGUUCUGAGUUGCGUCCGCUCUCCUUACGAUCCAAAUCCAUGACUUGUCCUCUCGGAGAUCUACGUACCUGUGUGCUCUCGUUGGUGAACAUCAUAAUUAGGCUAGGAUGUUUUUUUUAAAUGGUAGAAGCUGUGGUGAAGUCGAUUCUGGCUCCAGUUUUGUCCUUGUAUUUGUUUCAACAGAAUUAAGCUCCUGUUAAUACGUGGCUGCACACACAGACCUUGCUGUGCGGGGCCGACGUGCUGCCAGCAGCGGAGCCUGCCGCUCUUCAUAGCAGUUCGUGUGCGUCCAGUAGAUACUGUGAUGAUAUAGCGAGUAAAUGUCUCCAGUAGCAUUUAUACUUCUCGAUCCUUCCCAGUGUUGAGUAAAAGAAACCUGCUGUGGGUAUUUCUGCAGUUAAGAAUGCCCCCAAUGCACACUUUUACUUCCCUGAUAGACUGCAGUGACUCCUUCUAUGUUGUGUGUGUUUACUGAGGUAGUUUUCCAGGUCAGCACAUGAAUGUAGGUGUGGUCAAGCUGUCCUGUUGGUUGCUUCUGUACAUUAUUUUUUUUUUUUCCACGGCAUAUUGUCUGGUAUAAUGCAGAUUGUAUAUUUAUUGAAAAUAAAAAUCUAUUUAAUUGUGCCACGCACCCUGAGGUGGUAACUGUUAGCAGAAUUCAUUCUUGUGUUGAGCUCAGUUAUGUUUAUGGUGCUAGGAAAGACAAGCCAGAAGGUUGGAGCAGGACCUUUCUUACUGCAGGUGAACCCAGAGUUAUUUUGGGGAGCAGACCUGGAGCUGGCACAGCCCUGCCUGCACGGUGGCCAAGAGCCCCAUUCCGUGCUGGGUGCAUUCCCAGUCAGAGCACCCUGGAGAGGCAGAAUAUGAUAAGAGUGCCUGCAUGGGACUGCAGGUCACUGUGCUCUGCAGGAGCUGCCCCCAAAUUAUUACAUAUUGUAAAAGUUGUUUUUUCGGGGUGGUGGUGGUUGUUGUUGCUUUUUAACCAGCAUCAUGUCUGUAGGAAAAUCUGUAUCUUGCUUUCAGCCCAUUCACAACUCAUACUGGAGGGAUGGCAUCCACAAGAGAGCAGGAUUUGGUGCACUCCCAGUAAAAGCUGUAAAUUUAGAUUGGUUGCUAAGAAUUAGAAGGGAACGGCACUGACUGUGUUCCCAAGAAGUAUGCCCAGUGCUGUCUGGAGGCAUAAAUGGGAAAUGGAGUGGGGCCACAGAGUUUUAUAGCACGUGUGUAUGUUCUGUUCCCUUACCUGUAUGCUGAUACUAGGAAAUGACUUAAUACAAUGUUGUGUUAUUCUUUUUAAAAUCUGAAGUUUGUUUCCAAACACAGUUCUGACCACAGAAAGGAGACAUUCUGGAGCUUCCAUCGCAUCUCUGCUUGUUGCUGGAGGUUUCCUCGUGUUGCAGGACGGCACGAGCACGGCGUGGAGCUGGCAGGUGGGCGGCAGAGUGAGCGAAGCA